AAUCUCCGGGCCACUUGGCGUGGUUGGCCUGCCAAAGCCAGGUCCUUGCGUCGCGUGCGCGGGCCCGGUUCCCUCGCGGUCUCGCGCGCCUUGGUUUCCCAGCCUCAUGGCCGGGCUGACCCUAUUUGUGGGCCGCCUCCCGCCCUCGGCCCGCAGUGAGCAGCUGGAGGAGCUGUUCAGUCAGGUGGGGCCGGUGAAGCAGUGCUUCGUGGUGACUGAGAAAGGGAGUAAGGCAUGUCGAGGCUUUGGCUAUGUCACUUUUUCUAUGCUGGAAGAUGUUCAGAGGGCCCUCAAGGAGAUUACCACCUUUGAAGGCUGUAAGAUCAAUGUGACUAUUGCCAAGAAAAAACAGAGGAACAAGUCCAAGGAAAAGGUGGAAAAUGAAAAUUCAGAACCCCCAAAGAAGGAACUGAAGCCUAAAAAACCCAAAGUGGCAGAUAAGAAAGCCAGAUUAAUUAUUCGGAACCUGAGCUUUAAGUGUUCAGAAGAUGACUUGAAGACAGUAUUUGCUCAAUAUGGAGCUGUCCUGGAAGUAAACAUCCCCCGGAAGCCAGAUGGAAAGAUGCGUGGUUUUGCUUUUGUCCAGUUCAAAAACCUUCUAGAAGCAGGGAAAGCUCUCAAAAGCAUGAACAUGAAAGAGAUAAAAGGGCGGACAGUAGCUGUGGAUUGGGCCGUGGCAAAGGAUAAAUAUAAAAAUACACAGUCUGCCUCUGCCCCAGGUGAGGAGAAGAGGCCUGAACCUAAACAUCAGGAAUUAGAUGAAGAGAAUGGCAGGGAAGAAGAGGAUACAGAAGAGGAAGAGGAAGAAAAGGAUGACACAGAAGAGGAAGAAGAGGAAGAGGAGGAGGGGGAAGAGAAUAAAAAAUCAAGGGUGACCAAGCCUGCACAGAUUCAAAAGAGAGCAGUCCGGAAGGCCGCACCUGCAGAGAGCAGUGAGGAGGAGCAUUCUGAUGACGACAGCGACCUAGAGGAAAAAGAGAGUAUUGAUGGCGGGGAGGAACUGGCUCAGAGUGAUACCAACAGCGAAGAGCAAGACGACGAAGAUGUGCAAGUCUCAAAGAAAAAGAAGAGGAAAUUACCCUCUGACGUGAACGAAGGGAAGACUGUUUUUAUCAGAAACCUGUCUUUUGACUCAGAGGAAGAAGAACUCGGGGAGCUCCUCCAGCAAUUUGGAGAUCUUAAAUAUGUCCGUAUUGUCUUGCAUCCAGACACAGAGCAUUCUAAAGGUUGUGCAUUUGCCCAGUUCAUGACUCAAGAAGCAGCUCAGAAAUGCCUUGAAGCUGCUUCUCCAGAGAUUGAGGGUGGUGGGCUUAAACUGGAUGGCCGGCAGCUCAGGGUCGACUUGGCAGUGACCCGUGAUGAGGCUGCAAAGCUGCAGACAAAGAAGGUGAAGAAGCCUACUGGGACCCGGAGCCUCUACCUGGCCCGAGAAGGCUUGAUUCGUGCUGGGACUAAGGCUGCCGAGGGUGUGAGCGCUGCUGAUAUGGCCAAAAGAGAAAGGUUUGAGCUGCUGAAGCAUCAGAAACUCAAGGACCAGAAUAUCUUUGUGUCCCAGACCAGGCUCUGCCUGCACAACCUCCCAAAGGGUGUGGACGACAAAAAGCUCAGAAAGCUGCUGCUGAGUGCCACCCGAGGGGAGAAGGGGGUACGCCUCAAGGAGGUGAGAAUUGGCCGUGCCCACUCUGAAGUUUGGUACUCAUCUUGGAUCACAUUGAACGUUUAUUUCAGACUGUGGUGUGAGAUGCAGAAGGUCCUGGUGCUUCCCUCGCACCGAGGCCCCAAAAUUAGGCUGCGGGACAAAGGCAAAGUGAAGUCUCUCCCUCCCAAAAAGCCAAAGCCCCAGAUGACCCAGCAGAAGCCAGAGAAGCAGAUGUUACCUUCCAAGCAGGCCUCUGGGAAAAAAGCUAAGGGAAAUAAGACCGAAAUCCGCUUCAAUCAGCUGGUCGAACAAUAUAAGCAGAAAUUACUGGGACCUUCUAAAGGAGUACCUCUUGCAAAGAGGAGCAAAUGGUUUGACAGUUGAUGGUGGCAGCAGACUGGAUAAGAAGCUGGAUUCUUUGUCAAGCUCCCAGGUCUCCCUCCUCCCCCUAAUGUUAUUCUCUGAGGGAAGGACACCCCCCUUCCUCCCCAGGGCACUGCCACUUUGUUGGGAGACCCCCUGGGCUGUGCACAUUUGAACUUUGGGCCCUCCCCAGUGCGUGAUUAGUGAACCACAGAGAGAAAUCUCAGAAAAACAUCACGAUGCUUAUUGUGUAUUAUCCAAGUUAUUGUGUGAAUUGUAUCUGUAAUUAUUGCCCAUUUAAUCCUUUGUUUCUCAAAUGGAAACAGUUGUAAAAAGGAUUCUUGAGGACUGAAUUUUUAAGAUGUAUAUUUUGUUAAGUGUCUCCUCUAAAUGAGCUAUUUUUUGGCUUUUUGAAUAACAAACUAUUUCUCAUUUCUAAUA